AUGAGAAUCGAGAAGUGCUGGUUCUGCUCGUCAAGCAUAUACCAGGGGCAUGGAAGUGUGUAUGUGAGGAACGACUCGAAGGUGUUUCGGUUCUGCAGGUCGAAGUGCAGGAAGCUGUUUGAGAGACGAGUGAAUCCGAGGAAGGUGAGAUGGACGAAGAUCUCGAGGAAGGUGAUGGGGAAGGAGCUGUGCAACGACCGUGUGCUUGAAUUUGAGCACAGGCCGGUAGAGUUGAGGAUCUAUGAUCGUGACGGACUGG